GUCUCCGCUCGGCCUGGGCCCGGCGCAGGCGGCUCGGGGCCGGCCGCGGGUGGGAAGAGCGCGGUGCGCGCCAUGGCGCUGGGCUCGGCCUGGAAGCAGAUGUCGUGGCUGUACUACCAGUACCUGCUGGUCACCGCGCUGUACAUGCUGGAGCCCUGGGAGCGUACCGUCUUCAAUUCGAUGCUAGUUUCCAUUGUUGGAAUGGCACUGUACACGGGCUACGUGUUCAUGCCUCAGCACAUCAUGGCAAUAUUGCACUACUUUGAAAUUGUGCAGUGAUGAAGAAUGUAUGUGCAAGAAGUAAUCAUGCUCUGAAAUCUGGUCAACAAAGAAGAAUGAACCUCUUAGUUUUAACAAGACUUCUACCGAUGUCCAAAAAGGAAAGACACAAUGAUGAUUCUCAAGACUAGGAAACGAAAUGUGUAGAGCAGGGGCACAAGAUGUCCCCUUUGUUGUGUUAAUUCCUUUUGAUUUUACAAGAUAUGCCCUUGUAUAGUAGUUUUGUCUACCUUAACAUUGUGAUUGUACUUUGAUAUCAGUAUUUUCUUAACUUUGUGACAGUUUCGAUAUUGCACUGUGAAAGCUUUUCUUAAUUGUAAUUUUCAGUAAAUCUUAAUUGCCUUCUAUUUUUAAUCAGAAAAUCAUCUAAUUAAAUGGGGCUUAAAGCUUUUGCUAUUGUAUGGUAUGUAUUUGCCUGGGUAUUUCUAUCAAUGCAUUUUUGUAAGAAAAUACAUCUAGAUUCAUAUUAGAGACAUGGAUAUAUUCGUCUAACACUAUUUACACAAAUUAGUUUGUAUGACUGAACUCAGGUGUACUGUUUUCUUGUCCAGACUUUGUUCAACAGUAUAUUUGUGCAUAUCACCUGAAUUUGGAAUUAGCAAUUAUUUUGAGUUUCUGCGCUCCGUGUGUUGGAGGAGUGUGAGUGAGAGAGAGAGAGAAAGCACUGUAGCAAUGAAGGUUGCAUUCUUUAUGUUUGAAGUGCUGUGGUUAUGGUCUUUUCAUAGUGGGAACAAAAGCACUUUGCUGACAUAGGCCCACAUAAAGCUUUGGGAUAGUACUUUAAACCAACACUUUUUCUAACAACCGAUUAAAUUGUACUUUUACAUAAUGCUUUGUUAUGUUCCAUUGGUGAUGGUUCUCUGCUAAUUUUCACCCGACAGUGUAACAGCCUAUGUUUUAAAGGGGUUUUCUAUCGCUGCUAGCGUUCCAAAUGUGUUCUCUCUACAAAUGACCAAAACGUAGGGUUUUAAAUGGACUCGAGUUACAACUACAGCAAUAAGUAGCUGAAAACUUGACUGAAGUCCUGUCUUUUUUUUUUUUUUAUUUUUUUAAUAGGGAUUUUUUUCAUUUUUGUAUACUGAAAUGUAAGAUGGUGACAACCUAACUUUCUUACGUGGGUUUUUUUUUUUUUUUUUUGGUUUAAAAAAUAAAACUUUAAAAGCAGAGCUUUGCUGCAAAACUUUC